GAAGAAAGGAGAGGAGACACUGGAGUGGAGAGUCUGUUGAAAAGGAUCAAAGGUUUGCUCACCAAAUGUCCUCAGAAGCUUGGAGAAGACAUAUGGCUCAAUUGGGUCAUCAAGGAAUGUGAAGAACGGGAGCUAAACGCAUGAAAUGACAUCACGCCAGUCAAGUCGUGUCUGAUCUCCUGCUUCGACUCUGCUCUUCUGUCUGGCUGCACUUCACACACACAUCUGACUGAGGACCUGUGAACUAUGGAGAGAAGCGCGAAGAGAGGACAGAAAAGGAGUGAGGAUGAGAUGCUGAGAACAGAGAAGGAGGAGGAUAAUGAAGAAGUCCUGGUUGUGACGCUUGGACAAGAAGUGGAGAGCCAGGGGGAGGUGGAUGUCUGUGACGCUGAAGAUGAAGAGGAGCAAGGAUCCACUCCUCUUAUGGCUGCCUGUCGUACAGGCAUGACUGAGGUGGUACAGAGGCUGCUGAGGGCCGGGGCCGAUGUGACCCUGUGUAACCGCAGCCAGCAGACAGCGCUCCACAUAAGCCCCCCCGAGCUCCAGGGAAAACUGUUGGGGUGGAUGUCACGGCAUCAUCUACCUCCCCAGACACAGAUGCUGCAGGCUGCCUGGCAGGGAGACCUGCACUCCUUACAGCACUUGCUGGCUCAGACCGACGGGGUGGAUGUGAAUGUUCCUAACUGCGAGGGUGUGACGGCUGUGAUGCUUGCUGUUAGGGACAUCGACCUGUUCGAGGGCAUGGCGGCACUGUUGCCAUGGGAACACAGACCUGUGGAAGUGGUCAAGGAACUACUGGGACUGGGAGCUGAUCUCAGGGUACGAGACCACAGUGGCUGUUCUGCUCUGCUCUACGCUGCUAACAUCAACAGCCCUCUGAAGGAGGAGAUCAUGCAUAUGAUGGAUGAGGCCCUAAGUCACACAGAUGCUGCGACCAUGUCACUCCUAGCCCUUGACAAGUACUCACACCAGGAUUUGGAGUCAGAGUUUGGAGAUUUGGAUGAAGAGUUGGACCUUGAGAACCUUUAUUAUAAUCAACCAACUGCUGCCUCUCCCACACACACACCAACCCAUCAACACAGCUUUCUACUAUACAGCCACACAGGGGAAGUGCUGGAGUCUCCAGAGAAUCCUCCUCUAUCUGACCAUCACAAAGGCCUCAGCCAAGAUAAGGGAAUCCCCCUCUGUUUCCAAAACGCCAUGGAAACACUGAGAGACAUCAGGCAAGCCUACCAGGACGCAGGGAGGGGAAGCAGAGGAGGCUUGUCUCUGCCGAGCCUGGCUGACAACAGCAGACGCUGGAGUCAUCUGGAUCCAGCUCCAUCACCUGGUUUGCUGAGUACCAGGACCCCCUGCCUGCCGGUACCCCCUACACACAGGCAGAGAACAAGAAGUGUGGUUGCUGCAUCCCCAUGUUCCCCCGCCCUGCUGUCUGUGGCCGAACCCAGCCAGCUCAGCCAAUCAGCCCCCAGCAUCAUGGAACCACUACUGUGUUCAAGCACUAUGAUGCAGGCCAGAGCACACAUCCAGUCCCGACUGGGUUCUCAAGACACUGUAAAUGAACAAAAGUUCUCGCAAGGUCACUUGCUGGCUAUGCAUCCCAGAGCACCAAAGCUAUUGGCACCACUGGAGAGCAGGCCCAGAGACAUUGUGCCCCUUCCAUCACUGAAGCACCACAUUCCCCUGAAACCCAUCAGCUGCAGCCCCCUUUGUUCGAGGACCCGGCUGAGGAGAGAGAGGCUGUUAUGGGGCAGUCCACGCACUGGCCCUCCGACCACAAAGGGUGGUAGUGAGGAGAGUGGAUCCUGCAGCAGCAGCCAGAGUUCCAUCGAUCUGGAGGAAGAAGAUGAGGAAGAUGAGAGGGAAAUACGCAAGAGAGCUUCAGGAGAAAGCCCUGUGAAGUUUGCUGGAGAGAGACUGUUGGCACAUAAAAAUGAUGUGAGCUCCAGUGAGGCUGAUUUGGUUGGGGAGACACAGCAGCAUUUUAAAGUUCAGUCUAGGAUCAGUCAUAUUGCAAUGAUCCACAGAUCAGCACGUGACCUGGAUGGAGAGCCUAUCAAUCAUGCAAGUGAUCCUCUCAGCAUUGAAAAAGCUAUAAACUCUCACUGUGAAGACAAAGCCACCAAUAUCAACUGUACAAAGGAACGUGGUGACUGUCAAUCCUUUAUAAAGUCUAACUAUGCACAACAAGGAGGCGCUAUGAGGGUUGAAAUGCCUAUAACAUCAAAGUCUAAGGAGGAAAAGAACAAUGUGGGCUGCAGUCUGGAGCCUGAGACUGAGCCUAGCCAUGGGAUAACAUGUAAUAUGAAUAAUGACCAAGAUGAUGUUAUUGCAUCCUCUGAAGGGACUUGCAGAAUUGACCUGCAGCAUAUAAAUCAGACAGAAAGAACACUGAAGGAUGCCUUUCAAGAAGAAACCCAGGUAGACAAACCAAUCCUGCAUAGGGAGGAUGUAAAGUUAACUACCAGCACUACUGAGGACAAUGUUCCAGUAUUUGCUUCAGCUGUAGACCUUCCACGGUCAGACAUGGAUCCAAAGAGAACAGAGAGGAUGUUGAAAGCCUUAAAGCCUGUUCAGAACAAGGGCAGAAGAACCAGCAUGAACCGUGAGCUCAGAGCAAACAUUCAAAUGAACCAGCAGUCCUUCAAUGUACUGGCACACAAAGACCGAAGCACCCUUAAUCGGAACAAGUCCAAAAGCAAUCUGAAGUACUCCUCACUUUCCACACAAGUUAAAGAUAAAACCAGGAAAAGCCCUGAGUUAAUAAUCAGUGGAGAGACAGUCACAAAACUAAAGCCAAAGCUUAAAUCUGUUAAAGGUGCUCAUUAUAACACUGGCACCCCAACACCACGAAAGAAGGUUAUUGAUCAGAGCAAAAGAGCAAAUCCUGACAAGAUGACCAGCAAUAAAGCUCAACAGCAUCUACCAGUGAGGGAGCUGAAGAGUAGUCGGCAGUUGAAGAGACCCGGGCUCGUGGGGACACCGAGGUCUAAAUCCGCUGUAGACUUCAUCACCUACAAAGACAUGUUCCAGCAGAUACAGUGUGGGGAGGAAGGACCUGCCAUCUACGAGAUGUUUGCUGGUCCGAUCUAUGAUAACCUUCGGGUUUCCAGUUCCUGUGAGAAAGUCAAGGACAGACAAGUGCAGUCUGCUUCGUCUAGGAAGACGCAACUGUGUCAUAAAGUCAAACACAGACCACUGAAACAUGCACAGAGGAGAAGCCCAGGGGAGAGUAUGGUGGGUUCAGCUAAAAGCAAACCAAAACUUCCAUCCUCUCGGGCAAAACCUCACCUCACACCUGUACCAAGGAAAGACGCACACAAAAUUAAGGAUAUGCCUAAAUCGGAUGGGCACACAGAGGCUGAGUUAGUUCUUUCUAAGGAGGUUGACAUUUGUCAUAGCAAUGCUCAAGAAAAGGCUGAAGAUCAUAUGUUAUCUACCAUUGAGGAGGCUCUUUCUAGAUAUGGAUCUGAAACAUUAGAAUCUGAUGACAAAACACUGACUAUGCCAGCAGCUUCAUCUCAUGCUGAAAGUUAUAGCCAACUGCACAUGAAAAUACAAGAAAUAGGAAAUCCAAACCGACCAGUUCCUGAGCCUGUGCUAUCUCAAAGCCCCCAACAGCCUAAGAUCAACACCUGGACAUCUUCUAGCAGGAACGGCAGCCACACAAUCAUGUCACCAGUUUACCAGAAGUUUCUGGAUGAGGUAGGGGAUGGGCCACUUACAGAUGAUCUGCUGCAAUGUCUGGCCGAGGAGCUGAUCUCAUUGGAUGAGAGGGAUGUAUCUAUAGGACCUGAAAACCUGGCGUCCAACAAAGAAGAUGAUCCUGUAUCAGGAAGAAAUACAUUUCCUGAGGUUAAGUCCACAGACAGUUCUGCUCUGCUUGGCUCUGGGUUGGUUGUGGAUGACACCAUCACAUGGACAAAGGGUGAAGUACUUGGCAGAGGAGCUUAUGGGACAGUGUACUGCGGCUUGACCAGCCAGGGCCAGUUGAUAGCUGUGAAGCAAGUGACCCUGGAUGCUUCUGACCCAGAUGCUGCAAAGAGGGAGUACAGUCGUCUGCAGGGGGAAGUGGAGUUGCUUAAAACCCUAAGACACACUAAUAUUGUGGGCUUUCUGGGGACUUCACUUAAUCAACAUGUGGUUUCCAUCUUCAUGGAGUACAUCCCAGGAGGAUCAAUCGCCAGCAUCCUCCACAGGUUUGGUCCUUUGCCAGAACGUGUCCUGGCUCUAUACACCCAUCAGAUCCUGGAAGGGGUGGCCUACCUUCACCUGAACAGUGUGAUUCAUCGUGACUUGAAGGGAAACAAUGUCAUGCUGAUGCCCACUGGCGUCAUCAAGCUCAUAGACUUUGGCUGUGCGCGUCGUCUCAGCUGCUUGAACCACACUGCAAGCAACAGUGGAGAUCUGCUCAAGUCUGUCCACGGCACACCUUACUGGAUGGCACCAGAGGUUAUCAAUGAGACCGGAUAUGGCAGGAAGUCGGAUAUAUGGAGUGUGGGCUGUACAGUUUUUGAGAUGGCCACAGGGAAACCACCGCUGGCACACAUGGACAAGAUGGCUGCCCUGUUCUACAUUGGGGCUCAAAGAGGGUUGAUGCCCUCCUUACCAGAUGGGUUUUCAGAUAAUGCCAAGGACUUUGUAAAGAUCAGUUUGACAAGUGACCAGAGGCUCCGGCCAUCUGCAGAGCAGCUGCUGGAGCAUUCAUUCAUCCCACAAAGGAAGAUGGGAGCAAAGUCUUGUGGAACACAGAAAAGGAACUGCUGUGGUCACCCACAGGGACUGUGUGGUUAACAAGUUACCCUAUUUUUUUGUUUUUUUGUUUAAAAACAUUUUAAUGAUUUAAUUCAGACUGAUGACUCACAACAUAACAUCUUCUAUUGUGACCCUUUGAGAGUCUGCUACACAUACUAAUACAAUAUUAGUGUGUUUGCAAGCAUGGGGCAAUGGGCUUGUGUCCCAUACCUUUCUAGAAACUGCAAUACAAAGAAUAUGAAAGACUGCAGUUGUUGCAUUAAGCUGAAGUUUAGGAAACUACGAGAAGCACUUACAUACUUCUAACUUAAAUAGAGCCUAUAAAUGUGAAAAGAUAGAUGUAAGAUCUUUGUUGGUUUGAAUAUUUCCUAUCACAAUCGUAUGUGCCAAUCUUAAUACCUUUUUUUAAAUUUAUACAGUGUAACUCUAGGUCUCUUUAGAAAUGUGAUGUAUGUAGAUUUUGGUAAACUGUCUAAUCCAUACUGCAGUAUCAUUUUCCAUUUUCUAAUGCAGAGAUUGUAAAACUACUUUGUUGGCAUUCCUCUGAUGAGUUGAGGAAUCAGUGUGUAAAAUUGUGCUUGAGAGACAUGCCACUGCUAAGAACUUGUCAUUACUAUAACAAACAUGUCUCCUCAUAUUCAAUUAUACAAAUCAGCAAGUGACUCUGUGACAUGGAUAUAUGCAU